UAUUAAUCUUUCGGGUCAUUUCUUUCCGGCAGUUUAAGAUGUAAACAUAAAAUCAAUGAACUGGCGUAUUUUUCUUCCUCCGUAUUUUAGUUCAAAAUCAUUGAUACAAAGUUCCUAAGGAUGGGAUCAGAACAAAGCAGUCAGCCCCCAGCCGGCGCCCCAGGCAGCAGCAUCAAGUCACAGAGAGACGAGGACAUACCAUACACCUCGUAUGCAAUCAGCAAACCUAUCUCUGCAGAUUCCCCAAAGAACUCCCCCCGUAAUCAAGCCAAUCGACAGCGUGCAGCCACGAUGCCCUCCCACCGAGAGAUGCAGACCCGGGAGUACACACCCAAACAUAACAUCGUCGUUGUUGCUGAUGGACAGUCAAUUAUUAAAGAUCCUGAUCCUGAAAUCACAAAACUGAACACUAUCCCUGUGAUCUGGCCCAUACUGAGAGGGUCCUUGAACAUCCCUACGAGUUCCCGUGACAAUGAGGUUCAGGAGAAGAUGGACCCCAAGCACCUGCUGGCUCUCUGUCUGCGCUACCAGGACCAUCUCAAGCAGAUGGCCGAGUCCGUAGCCUUUGAUCAAAAUGCACUCUGUAUUCGUAUCAAAGAGAUUGACUUAAUCAUACAGAAAUUGAUGCAGAGCAUGUCUGAAAAGCAAAGGAAAUACGCAAAAUAUGCCGACCAAUUCCAACGCACAUCAGAAACCGUGCUUGUUCUAAAUCGUAUCAAAGACACCAUGAAUGAUAUCAUGCCCAGAAUGGAACAGUUGAACAAACUUUUGCCACCUGAGGAACAGUUAGAACCAUUUCAAAUGAAAGAACCACCCAGAGCAUCAUAGGAUCAUUCUGUUGUUGUUUUUUAUAUGAACAGCUCUCUGGGAAAACAGGGCUUAAUGCAUUUGAGGAAAGUGUAGUCUGCACAGGCUAAUCAGUGACAAACCCUCUGCAGAGAGACUGGAUUUUUGUUAAAAUUAUUUUCUUUUAACAAAAGAUUCCAUCAAGUGAAAGUGUCGUCGCUGAUCAGCCUGUGCAGAUUGCACAUGCUAAUCUGGGACAACACUUUACACAGAUCCAUUAAUCUCCAUUUUCCAAGAGUGAUGUUUAUAUAAGUUGUUGAUAUAAUGUUGUUGGUGUUUUUAUCAAUGUUGUGAUAGUGUUUAAUGUACUGUUUGUUGUUGUUUAGACAUUCCUUUGUGCCAGGGGCUGUAUUCCAGAAUCAUGUUAUGUGAAAUCUACACCUUUAAAUCAUCAUGUUCCUGCAUUUUAUUAUUUGGAUGAAGGUAAAGUGUUUCAUUUGAGGCUGAAAAACAGAUGACCAUGAGGGUUGCAGAGAGCUCAAAUGAGCCUGUCUAUGGGAAAAAGGGGCUUAAUGCAUGAGCGUAAAGUAUCCUUCCAGAUAAGCCUGUGUUGACUGCACAGGAUUAUUUAGGACCAUACUUUUCUUCUAGAAUGGAUUUUCAAUUAAAAGUUGCCUAAAUGUUUAAAUGUUUCAGAUAUAGCAUGAUGUAUUUUAUCUAAGUCCAACUAUCCCUUUAUAUUCUAUUUAUCAUAUUAUAAUGUCCUGAUCAAUCAUGUUAAUUUAUAUAUUUUAAAAAGUAUUCCUUAUGGAAUACCUUACAAUAUUGUAAAACAUUUUUUGUACCGAUUUUAUUUUCUUGAAAUGUUAGAGAUAUAUAGCAUUUGUACAGAUUUCAAAACAAUCAGUGGAAAAUGUGAAAAAAAAUCCUUUUAAUUUGUGUCUGUAUGCAUAACCUUGAUUAAUCGACAAAUGCUAUGAAAAACACCUCAGCAAGUGUGGUCACAUUUAAUAUAUGUCAACCAACUCAUUUUUAUACAUGGUUGAUCAGCAUGGUUGUCGCACUUUCAUAGGAUUAACUCUUUCAGUGCGGGAACCGAAUUUUUAAGGCCUUUGCAAACAGUUUGGAUCCAGAUGAGACGCCACAGAAUGUGGCGUCUCAUCAGGAUCCAAACUGUUUGCUAUUAUGAUAGUAUUCUUUGAAAAAAAAUCGAAGAAAAUGCGAAUUUUAUGAAUUCAGCAGACGACAUUUAAGCAGACGACAAAUUUCCCAGCAUGCAAAGGGUUAAGACAAAUGAACUUUGCCAUGUCUUUCCAUUCCUCUGUAUAAUACGUCUAUGUUGGACACUUAAUGCAAAGUCAAGGCUUGGUAUCUUUGACAUACAUGCCAGACGUCCCGAUCUCGGCGGGACAGUCCCGCUUUUUGACCCUUUGUCCCGGUGUCCCGAUAUGAGAAGAUUUGUCCCGACAUUCGUUAAAAAACGAUGUAAGGUCUAUAGGUUCCCAAUAAAAUUCGCGCUUCAAGCUCCGUUUCGCUUACACUUACCACUGCUACCCUAAUUACUCUAUGUUUUCGGACACUCUAAGUUUUCGGACACCCCUUUUUUUAGCAAAAAUAAUUAUUUUUCGUGACUCUCAAUUUUCGGACACACGAGUUUUCGACCAUAAUUAUUGUCUCUAAGUUUUCGGACAGUAUAUUUACCAGCGCUAUUUUACCAAAGAUAUCUAAUGACACUUCGAUCAUGGGGUUUUACAACCAGAUUAACAUCAUAAAACAUGGCCGGUGCAUGCCUGAUGGCAACGGACCAUUACAUUUGCGUUAUUGUGUAAAUUACCUUGUAAACCGGUAUUAAACAAUUGUUUCGCACGAUAGCAUAAGCGUUGUGACAAUUACCAGGGGUAGUGCCAAUUAACAGUUCAAUUAUCAACCGCAAUGGUACUACACCUUCUCAGUAAAAUAACUGUGACAAAUACUAAACGCUUCAAAGUGUGAUGGAAGGUGUUAGACAACAACUAUCGGAAAUGAACAAACAAGGAAUUCAUAGCGAUUAUCGGUACAUCACAUGCUCAUCUUUGAACUCGUUGGUCAAAGUACAACCUUUCAGUAACUUUCUGUCAAAUAAAUUAAGCAUUUAAAAUUAUUUAAAAUGCAUUGCAAACAUAUAUAACUAAUUUAUACUAUACGGCAUGGUAUUUCUACAAGCGCGUGCUAUUACCGGUAUUCCUUGAUACAAUUGACGCUAUUUUUGGACACAUCAAUUUUCGACUCUAAGUUUUCGGACACCUUUAUUUUGUGAAUAUUUUUUUGUAUCUAAGUUUUCGGACACGAAAAAAAAAAAUUAUUUUUAAGUGUCCGAAAACAUAGAGUAAUUACGGUAAUCCCUUUAUUGCCCCCAAUUAACAAUCGGAUUCUAUUCUCGUGUGUACCAGUGUUGUUUAUGACACCUUAUCAGCGAUUUAUCGGCUAAUUAUUGAUUUUAUCAGGCAUUCACACCAUGGUGGUCUUCAGAUAGUGGUCGCUUAUUGCUAUCGAUAGUUGUAUUAUAAUGAAAUAAAUGUUGAAAAUGUGUUUGUUUUUGUCUUUAUUUGAAACGGUUUACAAAACAAUUGUUUUGUAAAAUUAACUCUACGUCAUUAAUGAGUCUUUUACAUUCAAUGUUUAGUUCCAAAAUAGCGGGAUAAACCGAAUGUGAAAUAUACCAAAAUCGCAACAAACAGUCCAAUAAGUGAUACCCAUCCUGUCUAGUGUAAUUGGGUGUUAUUGUUAUAAAAACAACGAGGUGCUAUGCAUGACAGUUUGACCCUACUCCAAUUAAGUUGUUGGCAGUUAAAAUGAACACAAAGACGGUUUGCUUCUACCAAAAACCUAUCUCGGAAAUGUGUACGGCCGCGCAUUAAGCUGAUGUAACUGUUCGGUAGCUAGUUUACUGUAACCCGUACUUUCAGUGUACUGGAUAACCUCCCCUGCGUUAAUAUUUGCCAUUGAAAGUAAUAUAAUGAGUAUUGCUGUCGUAAUGUUCCAGAUUUUGUACUCUAAAAAGAUGAAUAUUAUCUUCGUUGUUUGCUAUUGUCUUAUUUAAUAAAACUGUUAUUGUUAUGUUUAAGAUUUCAUGCUUCAUAUCAGAUGUUUUAUGUCUUGAAUAAAAGUAUCAAGAGUU